AUGAUGGAAAACGGUACUUUCCUCUCGGUUUUGCUUCUGGCAACGACAACGGUUUGCAUUCUGGCGGCCCCGAGAGCCGGUGGACUUGAGUUGAUCAUUCUUCACAACAACGACAUGCACGCACGGUUCGAGCAAACCGGAGCCUUCAGCAAUGACUGCCAUCCAUCGGACGUUGCCAAGAACCGGUGUUAUGGUGGGUUUGCCAGAGUCGCACACAAGGUACGAGAGUUCCGCGAAAAGGAAGCGGAAGGAGGGCUGCCGAUACUGUAUCUCAAUGCCGGCGACACCUACACCGGAACACCGUGGUUUGCGGUUUAUAAGGACAACAUUACGGUCGCCUUUCUCAACAAACUGAAGCCGGAUGCAAUGUCCCUUGGAAACCAUGAAUUUGACUUAGGAGUUGCAGGAUUGGUACCGUUCCUGAAUCAGGUGGACUUUCCCGUACUAGCAGCUAAUCUGGACUUAAGCAAAACGCCGGAAAUGCAAGCGACGAAAUCGCUCCACAGUUCAGUAGUCUUCACCAAGGCAGGCGUCCGUAUCGGUGUCAUCGGUUAUGUUACGCCGAAAACCAAACAGCUGACUGCCGUGAACACGGUAGAGUUUUCGGAUGAAAUCGAAGCGAUCAACAGGGAAGCAGCGACAUUGAAGAAGCAGGGUGUUCACAUUCUGAUCGCAUUAGGGCACAGUGGUUUGGAGCGAGAUAAGCAGAUAGCUGCCGAAUGUCCGGACGUAGAUCUCGUAAUCGGGGGCCAUUCUCACACGUUCCUGUACAGUGAUCAAGCCCCGGACGUUGAUAAACCGGCCGGUCCCUAUCCGGUGAUGGUGAAGAAUGCAGCCGGCAAAGGUGUGCCCGUGGUGCAGGCAUACGCCUUUACGAAAUAUCUCGGUUAUCUGCAUCUAACAUUUGACGGCGCCGGUAAUCUGCUCGAACUGGACGGUAGUCCGAUACUGCUCAAUGGAAUCGUGCCGCAGGAUUCCGAUGUGCUGCAGCUGCUAGGAGUUUACCGCCCCGGUAUAUUGGAGAUGAACGCGAAAAUUGGACACAGCCACACCUUUCUGGAUUCAAGCCGCUGUCGUUUUGAAGAGUGUAACAUCGGUAAUAUGAUUACCGAUUCGUACGUCGCCACGAAUGCAGCGAACCGUGAAAGUAACGGCGAUCGGUACUGGACGGAUGCGGCAAUCGGGUUCGUCCAGAGCGGUGGCAUCAGAGCGUCCCUGAACUCGGGACCCAUCACUAAGAAGGACCUCAAAACCGUGCUUCCGUUCGGCAAUGCGAUGGUAAUGACGGAGCUUAGUGGUUCCACUAUUAGGCAGAUGCUGGAGCAUAGUGUCGCCCGUUACGAUGGAGUGUCCAGGAAUGGCGAAUUUCUACAGAUGUCCGGUGUGCAGGUGCGGUACGAUCUAUCCCGACCCUCGUUACACCGAGUGGUACGCGUCGCAGUGCGUUGUGCCGAAUGUGCCGUUCCUGUCUACGCUCCAUUGAAUGAUACCGCAUCCUAUUGUAUCCUAAUGAGCCAGUUCCUGUACGAAGGUGGCGAUGGUUAUACGAUGAUUUCCGGUGCACCAAAGGAAACUUUAACAUACGGCGUGUACGAAAUUACCGAGGAAUACCUGAAGAACUACUCGCCCAUCUUUCCGGCCAUCGAAUGGCGCAUUCAAAUCGAAGGGGUAAGCGGUGGGACCAUCAUCAUCAUCAUCAUCAUCAUCAUCAUAAUUAUCAUCAUCUUUUAA